AUGUUGUUUUCUUCAGCUGAUUGCCGAGAUACGGCUGGAAUCAAAGAAGAAUUAAAGAAGGCCUUUGAAAUCAAAGACUUAGGGCCAGCUCAUCACAUUCUUGGAAUGAGGCUUUGCAGACAGAAUGACGAGAUUACUCUAGACCAGUCCAGCUAUAUUAAGAAGGUGCUAGAACGAUUUCAUAUGUCGGAUUGCAAACCUGCGCGAACACCUAUGGAAACAGGUCUGAAGCUCGUGAAAUCUACAAAGAAAGAUUGUACGCACGACUACAGAGGCCUGAUAGGAUGUCUAAUGUACAUAGCAGUAUGUACGCGACCUGAUAUUGCGCAUGCUGUCAGCUCACUCAGCCAGUUCAACGACACGUACGACGAGACUCACUGGAAGGCGGCGAAACGCGUUCUUCGCUAUCUGAAAGGUUCGCCGAGCCGCGUGCAUGUGGAAAAGUGCAGCGCGCUGCGAGCGCCCGGGUACAAGCGCUGCGUCUAUACUUGCGACGAACAGUCUGGGAUUGAACACAAAUAUGUGAUUGGCGCUAGCGGAGCGGGCUUCAGCGGAGAUGUAUCAGCACACUCUGGGAACACGAGUCUACCCCAGCUUACAAAGAAAGGCAGAUAUAAACGGAGAGAGCUGCACAAAUGCGUUAUCGUCCAGCUGAAGGAAUACCAGCAACUAUUCAGAAAUAGAACGCCGAAGGCGUACAGGAUAAAUUCUUCGAGAAAAUCGCUUUUUGAAGAACGAAACAAAAAUGUAACAUGGUGCUCAUUAACGGAACGGGCGUGGCGCCCGUUGAAGAGGAAAAGAAUAAAACGCUCGCCGGAUUCUCGACCAGAGUUGGUGUAUACAUUCAUCGAGCAGGCAGUGCAACCGGGAGCGCAGGUGGCGUUAAAAUGCUCCGCGGUGGGCGAGCCGCCUCCUCGAUUCAAAUGGACGCUGGACGCACAACCAAUACCGCCGCACCAUGGGGCGGUGAUAACAGAGGGAAGAGACAGCGGGCCGACGGGAAUGGGCCCUGGCGGGAACUACGUCUUGUCGACACUGUCGUUGAGCAGUGCUAAAGUCGAGCACGGCGGGCGGUACGAGUGUCGAGCGAGCAACGCGGCGGUGAUAACAGAGGGAAGAGACAGCGGGCCGACGGGAAUGGGCCCUGGCGGGAACUACGUGUUGUCGACACUGUCGUUGAGCAGUGCUAAAGUCGAGCACGGCGGGCGGGCGGUGAUAACAGAGGGAAGAGACAGCGGGCCAACGGGAAUGGGCCCUGGCGGGAACUACGUGUUGUCGACACUGUCGUUGAGCAGUGCUAAAGUCGAGCACGGCGGGCGGGCGGUGAUAACAGAGGGAAGAGACAGCGGGCCGACGGGGAUGGGCCCUGGCGGGAACUACGUAUUGUCGACACUGUCGUUAAGCAGUGCUAAGGUCGAGCACGGCGGGCGGGCGGUGAUAACAGAGGGAAGAGACAGCGGGCCGACGGGGAUGGGCCCUGGCGGGAACUACGUGUUGUCGACACUGUCGUUGAGCAGUGCUAAAGUCGAGCACGGCGGGCGGGCGGUGAUAACAGAGGGAAGAGACAGCGGGCCGACGGGGAUGGGCCCUGGCGGGAACUACGUGUUGUCGACACUGUCGUUAAGCAGUGCUAAGGUCGAGCACGGCGGGCGGUACGAGUGUCGAGCCAGCAACGCGCACGGCUCUGUCGCUCAUGCUGCCAGGCUGAACGUCUAUGGACCUCCAUAUAUUCGAUCAAUGAGUCCUGUAAAAGCAGUCGCUGGUUCAGACACAACAGUCUGGUGUCCGUACUACGGAUUCCCUAUUGAUUCAGUAAAAUGGGACGGAGGACCCGGCAACGAUCCCAGAUACCAGCAAAUGGACGGUCAACUGACCAUAAGCAACGUAGACCGGAAUCGAGACCAGGGUGGUUGGGUCUGCUCAGUGCUGACACCUGGCGGCGAACUGGCACGGCGAGAGGUGCAAAUAACUGUGGUCUCCCCGCCCGUGCUCUCGCCGAUCGUGUUUCCCCCUGGCUUAAGGGCCGGGGAUCGCGCGCAAAUCACCUGCACUGUUACGUCUGGUGAUAUGCCGGUUUAUUUUUCCUGGCUAAAGGAUCAGAUAAACAUACCUAGCGCACUACAGGUCGACGAACGAGGUGCUGAAUUCUACAGCAUGUUGCUAUUCAAAAGUCUCACAGCAGCCCACAGCGGGAUCUACACAUGUGUUGUCACCAACACCGCCGGCAAAGCUAAUACGUCUGCGGAAUUAGCUAUCAAAGUGCCUCCGUAUUGGCAAAUCGAACCUUCGGACACGGCGGUGCUUCUGAACGGAUCGCUAACCGUGAGUUGCGAGGCCCGGGGGCAUCCUUCACCGGCUAUUUAUUGGACCAAGUUCUCGGGUAGCACCGAAACGUCGUUAGGAGCGGUCUCAGAGCCCGCGGUGCUUAAUAAUGGGUCUCUGAGAUUGGAGUCGGCGCGCGCGGAACAUUCUGGCAAAUAUCGGUGUCGGGCUGACAACGGCGUCGCACCCGCGCUGUCUAAAACGCUCACUGUACACGUUAAUGCUACGUACAUAACUAUACAUAGUAUACACUACAAUGUGAGGUCCGACCACUUCGUUCAUCUUGCAGUGCAAGAACCCCCGGAGCCACCAUCAAACUUCCGAGUUCUAGAGACCACAUCGAGGUCGGUUCGCCUGCAAUGGCGGCGGCCCUACGACGGUAACUCACCCGUUCUGGGUUACGUUGUCCAGUAUCGGAAACACGACUCAACUAGUUCGGAUUCUUGGAGGGACGCUGACACGCACAAUGUCUCGGUCUCGGCGCAUAACUUGGACAGUUACUCUGAAACCGAAGGCGCAACAAUCUCCGGUUUGGAGCCAGCGACAGCGUAUCUAGUGCGAGCUCGAACAGUGACUGCUCAAUUCGCGUCGACUCACACGAGAGCGUUGCUCGCUCUGACGUCACAUGAACCUCCGGCGCGUGCGCCGCUGAGUCUGCGGGCUUCAGCUCCGAGGGCUUCCACUAUUGAACUUGCUUGGCAGCCACCACCAUCAUCAUCAUGGAACGGUGAACUGCUUGGCUACUCCGUCUGGUGGUGGGCUUCCGCUGACGGAACGCUGUCAGGAGGGGCCAACGUUGGUAUGGAGUUUGCCACCGUACGGGGGCAAAUCACUAAAUAUACUAUCGAGGGGCUGGAGCAUUAUACUCGGUAUUCCGUAAGCGUGAGGGCCUUCAACAGCGCUGGCGCCGGCCCAGCGACCGCGCCCGUCAAUACGUUGACUCAAGAAAGUGUGCCAUCAGAAGGUCCCCGCGGCGUGCGCUGCCGCGCCGUGUCCCCGCAGAGUCUAAAGGUGGAGUGGUCACCACCGCCUGCGCACGCGCACCACGGCUCGCUGCUGGGGUACAAGCUGCUGUACCGCCCUGAGCACAACUUGAGUAUGAAGGAGACAUCAGGACCCUGUCUGAAGGUGGAGUGGUCACCACCGCCUGCGCACGCGCACCAUGGCUCGCUGCUGGGAUACAAGCUGCUGUACCGCCCUGAGCACACGGCGGAGUGGCUGGAGUGGGAGGUGCGCGCCGGCGGGGCCAGUUCAGGAGCGGGCGCGGAGGUGAAGCGCGUGGCGGGCGUCGAGACGCUGCUGCUGGCGCUGCGCCCGUAUACCAACUAUACGGUACAGGCGCUGGCGUACACGGGGGCGGGGGACGGUGUGCCCGCUCACCCUGUGCACUGUACUACGCAACAAGAUGCUCCUGGACCUCCAGCAGCUGUGAAAGUCGUCGCAACGUCAGUGACUUCCUUAGCGAUUAGUUGGUUGCCUCCAAGUCGCCCUAAUGGACCAGUACUGUAUUACACAGUGUUCUAUCGUGAACUUGGCAGGGACAGGCCUCCGCAAACUACAACAGUACAGGCUGAAGACAGCGAUCCAACCGUGGGCUUGGGUGGCUCAGCGGAGUUGAGGUCGUUGUCAGAAGACGCCACAUAUGAGGCGUGGGUAGCUGCACAUUCUGUAGCUGGUGAGGGCGAGCCAUCAGCUCCUCAACCUGCUACUACUAGUUCUAGAGCGGGAGUACGUUUGCUCUCUUUCGGCGUGUGGGCCCGAGUGCAGUGCGGCCACUCACUGCGCUUGGCUUGCGUGUGGCGAGGAGAACCGAUGCCUCGCGCGCGAUGGCUGCGUGGCGAUCGUCCUGUUACACAUGAUCCGAGGACGCAUCUCACGCCGCAUGGACAUCUCGCUAUACAUGAAGUGGAUGCAUCAACUAGCGGCAACUACACAUGCUCAGCCCGUAACGCCUUCGGUUCUGAGGAAGUAACCUACAGGGUUGAGUGUGCCGUCCCUCCGGCUGCACCUGCGCUGUUUCUAGACCAAGUGGCCCACAGGGAAGCCAAGCUAACAUGGCGGACCACACAUCAUCCUGCCGCUCCGCCACAUGGUUUCACCAUAUGGUGGGCGCGAGUCCGCGAUGACAGCGUCGACAGUCUAGAAGCUGGUUCAAGAGGAGAAGAAGAGAGAAAGCUAGAAGCGGGGGGAGAAGCGUCAAGCGUCAUGCUAAGGUCCUUGUCCUGUGGGGCAUCGUAUUCCGUACGCGCGGUCGCGCAUUCGAGAGCCGGACCUUCGCCACCGUCGGCGCCGUUGCUGGUCAAGACGAAACCACCAGUGUUAGUAUGGGAAGGAGGGGGAGACAGGCGCGACCAAGAGGAAGGUGCCGAAGCGGCUAUAUGGAGCAACAGCAGUGCCCUCGCCUUGGAUGCAAGGAGGGCUGUGCGAUGUAACGCGCGCCUAGUCAGACUGCAAUGGCGGCGCGCUGAUGCUGGUGCUGCCUUAUGGACUGAUGCUGAUCUUACGUCACUACAUCAUCAUAGAGAGGUGGUAAUCGGUGGUCUGACAGCGGGCGCGUGGUACGCUCUCCGGCUGUGGACUUCCACGGAGUCGUCGAGACACCAAGCCAUAAUCUACGCUGCUACCACUACACAUGCUGGAGGGGGGUCAUUGAGAGCAAAGCAAAAGGUACUCGGAGGUCCGGCUUUGAUACUUGUACUACUGGCGAAGCGAAGUACGCUAUGGCCAUGCGGCGGGGCAGUGGACGAAGAAACACGUCGCUGCAGCCACUCUGUUGCCAGCACCGACAAAUCAGUGUGUCCUGAACAGCAGAACAUGCGUAACUGCCAACACGACUACAAGCACGACAAGCUAUCUCCAGCUUCAGAUGUAUACGAGAUAAGUCCAUACGCGACAUUCGCCGUGGGAGGCGAAACAGCAGCGACGCUGGACCACACAUUACAGUUCCGGACCUUCGGCCAUCGUGAUAACGAUGCACCUCCUCACAGGCCUUGUAGGAAAUACCCGCAGAGGCAUCGGGAGAGGGCUGAGGGUAAAACUUAUGUCGAGAAGCACCACUCGGACUGCGAGCUGCAGCAGCUCAGCCGUUACGAGAAGGUGCGCCCGCGACACUGCACCGGCACUUCCUACUGCGUGCCCCUGGCUCACCAUGGAGGCAGCGGUGGCGGAGGCGGAAGCGGCGGCGGUUUCUCAGAAGUAUACGCUGGCGACUCCAGCGCCGAAUCCGGUCCUGGAUCUCUGUCCCCGCGCACGCAUCACGAGCAUAGCUAGCGUGAAGGAAGACAAUCAUGCAUAUCGCAGAAACAAAUAAAAUAACACAUAGAAACACCUAACAUUUCAAAGAUAUACACACUUGGGCAGCUUUGGAGUUUUCUUUGGAUUUUCAGAAAUGUAUAAUGACGCUGAAUCCGGACC